GUAUAUAAAAACUGAUUGCUUCCACUCUUUACCUACCCAAGGUUUCUGUUAAGACAUUUAAUGCGUUCUUUGUUAUUCUACUUGUUCAACUCUGAGGGCCGCUGUUGAUCAAUAAACCGCGAUUUUAUUGUCACUGAGAUCUCGCGUUUAGCGCUGCCUCCAUUUUGUGAGGCUGUGGCCGUGACGUUGGGAGGACUGUGGACAUACAGAAUGAAUAGGUUGUUUAAUUUUAUAUCGUUAUAAACUCAAAGCCUAAUUUUGUUUAUAACUCGAUCUAGUUGACUUUACUGUGUGAACAUGCUAAACGGAUUCGGAAAUCCAUGUGUUGUGUUAUCUUUCUCCGAAAAACAGCCCUAUCUUUGUAUGCGCCGAUGGAAAAUGAUUUUCCUCGUGAUGGCUUACGUCUUUUCGAUCGCCAGUGCUCAGAUGCGAUAUUCUGUUCUUGAAGAAAUGAAGAAAGGAUCAGUAAUCGGGAACAUCGCUCAUGAUCUCGGGCUAGCUGCAAGUAGGAUGCGAGCUGGACGGGCUCGCAUCGUGUCCGGAGAGAGCACGGCUUACACGGAGCUAAAGACAGACAAAGGGACGCUGGUCGUGAAUGAGAGAAUAGACCGAGAGCAGUUGUGCGCUGAAAUUACUCCUUGCAGCUUCACAUUAGAAAUCAUACUCGACAAUCCCAUGGAGCUGCAUCACGUAACAGUGGAAAUACUGGAUGUAAAUGACCAUUCGCCAACCUUCCCUAACGAUGAGAUCAAUCUGGAUAUAAGUGAAUCCGCCACACCUGGAGCGCGUUUCUUGCUCGGAAGCGCAGAUGACCCUGAUGUAGGCGUAAACACUCUGCAGAAUUAUAUUCUCUCACCUAACGAUCAUUUUAUCCUGAAACAGCUCUCGCGCCCCGACGGAGUUAAAUACGCAGAGAUGGUGUUACAAAAGCCUUUAGAUAGAGAGCAAAAUCCGCGACUUUCUCUCACACUCACAGCGGUCGAUGGAGGAAACCCGCAGAGAUCCGGUAACGUGAAAAUUAAUGUUAUUGUGCUAGACGUAAAUGACAACGCACCAGUAUUUAACCAAACAUUAUAUGCAGUAACGACAGCAGAAAAUUCACCUAAAGGAAUGUAUAUAACAACUGUAAAUGCAAGUGACGCAGACAGUGGGGCAAAUGGUUUGGUCUCAUACAGUUUUGCAAAUUUGAAAGGUAAUAUAGGUGAUGUUUUCGCAUUAAAUAAAAGCACAGGCGUCAUUAUUUUGAAAGGUGAACUUGACUACGAAAAGGCGAAAAAAUAUGAAAUCGGCGUAGAGGCUAAAGAUCAAGGUGGUUUAGGAGACUCGGCCAAAGUGAUUGUCGACUUAAUUGAUGUAAACGAUAACGCACCAAGUAUUACCAUAAUGUCAUUUUCUAGCCCGGUGUUUGAAGAUGCGCCUCUUGCUACAACUAUAGCUAUUCUAAGCGUGAAAGAUAUCGACGCAGGAGAGAAUGGUUUUGUGACUUGUUCAGUUAAUCCGCAUACUCCCUUCAAACUGCAGUCCUCUAUACGAAACUAUUACACUUUAGUUACGGACGCUGCUCUAGAUCGUGAACGUGUUGCACAAUACAACAUUACUAUAACAGCGAGUGAUUCAGGGUCUCCUGCACUUUCCAGUAGUAAACUAUUGACCAUUAAAGUAUCUGAUGUUAAUGACAAUCCUCCAAGAUUUCUUAAGAAUGCUUACACUACUCAUGUUAUAGAAAACAACUCUCCAGGUGUAUCUAUAUUUACGCUAAGCGCUCAUGAUGCUGAUUCAAACCAGAAUGCGCAUAUCUCUUAUUUUCUAGAGGAAACUACUGUAGGUGGGACAUCUGUGUCUUCUUACAUUUCAGUUAAUGCUGACAGUGGGGAGGUAUUCGCAGUGCGUUCUUUUGACUAUGAGCAAAUGAAGAAUGUAAAGAUUUGUGUAAGAGCCCAGGAUGGUGGUUCUCCUACUCUCAGUUCUAACGUGACAUUAGAUAUUGUAGUCCAAGAUCAGAAUGACAACGCUCCUCAGGUUCUCUACCCAGUACAGACUGGUGGCUCUGUGUUGGCUGAGAUAGUGCCUCGUUCAGCAGAUGUCGGCUAUCUGGUCACUAAAGUGGUGGCUGUUGAUGUGGAUUCUGGACAGAAUGCCUGGCUCUCCUACAAACUCCAGAAAGUCACAGACAGGGCACUGUUUGAAGUGGGAGCGCAGAAUGGAGAGAUACGAACUGUGCGCCAGGUCACUGAUAAAGAUCCUGUCAAACAAAAGCUUACUGUAGUUGUGGAGGAUAACGGACAGCCAUCUCGCUCAGCUGUAGUGAACAUCAAUGUAGCUGUAGCGGACACUUUCCCUGAAAUGCUCUCAGAAUUCACAGACUUUACGCACCCCAAACAAUAUAAUGAUGACCUCACCUUUUAUUUAGUUUUAGCAUUAGCUGCUGUUUCUUUUCUUUUCAUCACAACUGUAGUAGUUAUAAUAUCAGUAAAGAUCUACAGGUGGAGACAAUCGCGCGUCUUCCAUCACUCCGAUCUCCCAGUUAUUCCGUACUAUCCACCCGGAUACGCAGACACAGGAGUUACUGGAACUCUGCCGCACAGGUAUAAUUAUGAUGCUUGUAUGACGACUGACUCAAGGAAGAGUGGCUGUAAAUAUUCUACACUUGGAGCACAAAGUGUUUUAGUGAUGGACCAGAGUUUCACAGACACUCUCCAACACAAAAUAAAAGAAAAUGCUUUCAUGGAUAAUAAUUCCCCCAUGGAAGAGGUAAGAAUUUUCCCCAAAGUUUUUUUUUCUCUUUAGACUGAACU